GCAGGUACCUAAAUCAAGUUAAAUUAAAUUUUACGAAUUGUAUCGUAGUGAAAAAUUUGUUAUUAUGUAGAAAUUGAAGAAGAAGUAUAAAAUUAUCAAGUACACAAUUUUAAAUUCAUCAAACAUUUUGUUACUACAAUUCGAUUCAAAUGAAAUUUAAAUACGGUUAUUAUGAUGUUUUCGUACGAACAUGUGCUAAAUACCCUUCCAGAAUUGCCAUAAGACAUUAUGAUAAUGGUUUCUACAAAACUUAUACAUAUUCUGAACUCUAUGGAGUUUGUGAAUAUAUAUCCCAAAAUUUACAACAGUUAACAUGUAAAAAAGGGAUUAUUGGAUUAAUAUCAGAAAGGAACAUAAUCAUUCCUUGUGUUAUAGCUGCGGUUCACAAAUGUAGUACAACUUUUAUGUUUAUAAAUCUUCAGGAUUUCGAGAAAGUUACACAAAAAAUUAAUUUCAAGAUUUUAAUACACAUAACACAAAAUGUAGAAAGUGACAGUUUAUCAGAUUUUUUGGGUAGGAAGUCAGAUAAAACAGUUCAUGUUUUUAAUUUGGUAAUUCAUUUUUAUGACUUGGACCCAAAUGGAAGUCAACAUGAUUACAAACAUUUGCCUGAACAUUCUUACAUAGCAAUGACAUCAGGCAGCACUGGAGAGCCUAAGCACAUUCAGGUACCAGUACAAUGCAUGCAGCCCAAUAUAGAUGAUCUAACUAAACUGUUUGAUAUUACUCAAAAUGAUGUCAUAUAUUUUUCCACACCGCUGACAUUUGACCCUUCCAUGAUUGAAAUUCUGUUAGCCUGCAUGAAUGGGGCGUCCCUACUUAUUGCACCAGAAAAAGCUGAUGUGUUAUUUCAUGAAAAUAAUGAGAACUCUGUGACAUUUUGGCAAACAACACCAUCAAAAUUCUUUCAACAAUCUAACACAGAUAUUAAAUAUAAAAUCUUUAAUGCAAAAUCUACACUGAAAAUAUUAGCACUGGGAGGAGAACCAUUCUGUGGCAUUAAGAGGUUGAAGGAGCUAAAAGAUGUAAAAAAUAAAACAAAAAUAUUUACCCUCUAUGGUGUCACUGAAAUGUCAUGCUGGGCAUGUGCUGCUGAAUUGGAUUUGAAUAAAAUUAAUAGCGAUCGGGAAGUACCUUUAGGGAAAUGUCUUUCAGAGACAGAAAUUAUAUUACAACCUACCCACAAGAAUAAAAACACAGGAAAAAUUGUUCUUGCUAGCAAAACAAGAAAAUGUACCAUUUUAAAUAAAGCUACUGGAACAGAUGAAAAUAAUUCUUUAAAAUAUAUUGACACGGGAGAUAUUGGCGAAAUAAGAAAUGGAACAAUUUACUACAGAGGCCGUAAGGAUGAUAUAAUAAAGAGGUUUGGUCACAAAAUAAAUUUACAAUCAAUAGAGAUCACAAUCAUGCAAUGUCCUAGAGUAAAGACUUGUUCCUCUAUUUGGUUACCAAAGCCAAUGCUCCUGGUUGUCUAUUAUUCCUCUGAAACAUUAACAAGUAGAGAGCUAUCUGACUUUUUGAAGUGUAAGCUUGAUGAUAAGCAUUGGCCUGACAAAAUUAUUAGGGUUGACAACUUACCAAUGAAUCCUCACGGCAAGACAUCAAGACAAAUUCUAUCUCAAAUGUUUGAAAAGUCCCAAGUACCACACACACUGGAAUCUUUGACUGUGAUUUUAAUGAAAGAACUUAAGGUGACCUUAAAUAGAAACCUGACUUUUGAAGAUAUAAAAGACAAGGAGUUCUUCGCAAUUGGUGGUACAUCUUUUCUGGCUGUUUCUUUAUGUAAUAAAUUAUCCUUGAUAUGCCCCAAAUUUGGCAAGCUUAUCUUGCCUUAUCUUAUUACUGAGAAAAGUACAAUAGGCGAAAUAAUGCAGCUAGCUAUUAAGGAAGUAGGUGUUGAUGAAAAGAAUAGCAAGAGAAGGUUGAAGAGAUUGAGAUCCAACACAGAAAGUUCUGCAUCAACUGCUCAAUAUAAUAAGAAAUUAGUAGAAAACCACUUAGGGAAUCCUAUAGAAUUUGUAGUUGUUUGGACAUACGACACUGGUAAAUGUGUUGAUGCAUCUCCAACUUUAUUUCAAAAUGGUUUUAAUCAGUACGUGACCGUGGGCAGCCACUCAGGGAAAAUCGUUGUUGUUGACGCAAUUAGUGGUAUAACGCAAGGAGUUAUCAAAGUGAAAUCGAGGGUCGAAGCAUCGGUUUUUUGCUGUAACGAGGCACCAUUAACAACACCGUGUGGUAUGGUUGGUACCUACGAUGGUACCGUCGUAUGCUUCACGUUAGAAACAUGUGAAGAGCUAUGGCGUAUAAACGUUGGAUCUAUGAUUAAAAGUAAAGGAACUUGUUAUAAAGGAUGCUUUUGUAUUGCCGCCUAUGAUGGGAACAUACGAUGUAUUGAUAUUAUGUCAGGAGAAAUAAAACAUACAAUUCACAUAACAGAUCAGGCAAUAUCAGCCGAUUUAGUCCUUGCUAAAAAUGAAUAUAUUGUCCUGGGUACACUAUCAGGUGUUUGUGCAAGUGUACACAUUGAGUCAAAAAGUGUGGCUUGGCGAGGCACGCUUGAUAGCCCUGUGUUUGCAAGUCCCGUGCUUUACGACAAUGAUAAAUAUGUAGUAUUCGCGGAGGUAAAUGGAGAAAUACAUUGUCGAACAGUUGAAAAAGGCAUCAAGAUCUGGAAAUAUCAAGGUGCAAAGGGAAAUAUAUUUUCAUCUAUUUACAUUAAAGAAAUUGACAAAUUUAAAUGGCAAAUGGUAUUUGGUUGUCACGACAGUAAUGUGUACAGUAUCGUAGUUAAAAACUUUCAACCAAGCUUACAAUGGAAAACUCAACUUACAUCUCCAGUUUAUUCAACACCACGUAGUUUAAGUGACAAAAUGAUCCUAGCUGCCUCCAAUAAUGGAAUAUUGUCCAUCUUAGACUCAGAAAAGGGUGCUAUUAUCUCUGAAUAUCACCUACCAAAUGAAACAUUUUCAACGCCCGCUAUAUAUGGUGAUUACAUUUUUAUUGGAUGUAGAAAUGACCACUUGUACUCAAUCAAAUAUGCACUAUAUUUAUAAUUGUUACAUAAUGUUAAAAAUUAAACUAAAAUUGUUCUAGUCAUAUGUAUUAUAAAUAAUAGUAUAAAGGUUCCAAUGAAAUAAACACA